GCUCAAAAGAGAGGAGAGUCAUUCUUUGUAUUUAUGUCACUGUUGUUACAUAGAGGUUUUAGUCUUGGGACAACCCACACAGGCUGUGUGCAUCACUGCUGAAAAUCUUGAAUGAGGAAGCUUGCACUUCCUGAUUUUCAAAGCAGGUGUCAAGAUGGCACGCAUUUUAUUUUGGGGAGUUCUUUUGCUGCUUUCAUUUGAAAUACAAGGGAUCCAACAUGUGUUUCUCCUCCGUGGAAAGGACUUACACCUGGAUAUAAAGAAAUCUGUUGUACUAAACACAAAGACAGAUUUGUUCUGGAAAGUUAAUAUAACUAACAAUAUAGCUAAAUGUGCUUUUAAUAAUGAUCCAGUAGUGUUUGACAAAUAUGAAGGAAGGGCUGAGCUCUUUGGACAAAAUUACGGGUUGCUGUUAAAGAAUGUGCAACACAAUGACAGUGGAGAUUAUGCUGCAUUCAUGGUUAGCAAUAAAGACCAAAAUGUAGCUGAAUACAAGGUCAUAGUUCAAGAUCCAGUGACUCCAGUUAACCUGUCAGUGGACUCUGUGUCCACCAACUCAGACUCCUGUAACCUCACUGUGACCUGCAGCACAGUGGAUUCUCAAAUUAGCAAGACUUUUAGAUGUGAUGCCCAGAACUGCUUUCAGGUGGAUGAAAAUAGUUUGAAGAAGACAAAUGAUUAUUCAUCUUUAAUUGUCUACCUGCAUGGAGACUUCAUCAUCUGUAAUCACAGCAACAAAGUGAGCGUGGAACAGAGCAAGAAGAAUAAACCCUACUGUCAGAUAAAGACAGUUUCCAAUGUACCCACCAUAAUUGCAGCUUCUGGUGGCUUCUGUGUUUUCAUUGUCAUCAUUGUCAUCAUUUGCAUUGUCACAAAACGUAAAAGAAGAAGCCAGGAAAAUAAACUGUAUGAGGCUGCUCAAGAGCACCCUCCAGGCCAAACUCGAAAUGAGAAUGUGCCAGGAGAUGCCUCGAGUCUUUCUCCAACAUCUACUUAUGCCCUGGUGGAGUUUCACCCUAAAACAGAAUCCACAAAGUCAAAAAAAAAUCCACAGCCAGAGACGGUGUAUGCUCAGGUUACCAGAGCUACCAGACCCAGAGUCACUGCCCAACAAACAGAGCUGGAGAACAUCAGUAGUAUAAAUUCACAAGGCUAAACACAUAUGAACUAUGAACACUUGAACUCUGCUUUUUUUUCUAAAAUGUUGGCACA